GCCAAAUGGGCGUAGAUAUUGUCGACGCCGUCCUAAACACCUACCGUAAGCUGCCAAAGCGAGCUCAUCCUGGUGUACGUCCAAAUGGCAGUUUAGAAUGGUCUAUUCUCGCAGGAUUCGUAAUUGAAUACAAUGGGAUCUUUGAAUGUGUAGCUAUUGGAAUAGGUGUGAAAUGUCUAUCAGCGAUUAAGAUACCAUUACAGGGCGAUAUGGUACAUGACUGUCACGCUGAAAUACUCGCCAAAAGGGCUUUUAUUCGCUAUUUGUUAAACGAAAUGAUGAACAUAAACAAAGGUGACCAGUCACGCUAUCUUACACUCCAGGAAGGAAAGUAUAGACUCAACGAGGGUGUUAAACUACAUAUGUAUAUCUCUGCCCUCCCAUGUGGAGACGCUUCGAUGAUUUACACCGCCGAUCAUCAGAAUGACGAUGAGGCAGCCCUCUAUAGCGCGAUACCGAGCCUAUCGGGAGCUUCAAAUGAACAUACAGACUUGGUAAGAGGGCGGAUGAACUACUCACGGGUUGGAGCGAUACGUACGAAACCAGGACGUGCAGAUGCUUCGUCAACUUCUAGUUUGAGCUGUUCUGAUAAGUUGGCUACAUUAUGCUUGCUUGGUGUACAGGGAGGUUUACUCGCGAACAUAAUCGACCCAAUAUACAUAGACAAGAUCAUUAUUGGCGGUGUGUUCGAUAAUCGCGAGAAAUACUUGUCAGAGUGUCACAGAGCUCUUUACACGCGUUUAGAAGCAAGUUUGUCUGGUUGCGUACCUGACACAAAGUAUAGAUUCCACAAACCUGACAUAUCAUUCACGGAUACCCCUUAUGAGCAUUCAAAGGAACAAGUAGAGUCGAGGGCAGCUGGUGUAGAUGUACAGCCGGCAAUCGAAUGUGCUAAUUAUAUCGCGAACGACAUCCAAAAACCGACAGAAAUUGUCGUCAGUGGUCUCAAAAAUGGCAAUUUCAAGCGUAAAGGUCCUGACACGCCUUAUUUUUGGAAAUACAGAUCACGCCUUUGCAAGCUGGACAUUAUGCGGGCAUACAUGUCAUUGAAUGCUAACCCUGGACCAAGCAAUUUAACGUACUACGAUGUAAAGAAUACAGCAGGAUCGUCGGAUUAUCGUCAAGUUAAGGGUGCAAUACGCAGCCAUCCAUCUUUAUUCGCAGGAUGGAUAAUUACAGACAAGAAAUACACCAUGUUUGACUGUGAAGGUAACCAUCGGCUGUGA